CGCGCGCGCUCGGGGCCUGCUGGCGUGCACCUUUCGUCUUCCUGCUUCGCCCCGGUCCCAGCCCGGGCUCCUGCUCCCGUCUUUGGAAAUAUGUCCGAGGGGGUGGAUCUGAUCGAUAUUUACGCCGACGAGGAGUUCAACCAGGACUCUGAGUUCAGUAAUGCUGAUCAGAUGGACCUGUACGACGACGUGUUAGCAGCCAGCUCGCAGCCCCCCGAAAGCCGUACCAGCAGUUCGGAGGCACCCCCAGAGAUCCGCCAGGAGCCAUCCCCCAAGCCCAACAACAAAUCUCCCGCCAUCCUGUACACGUACAGCGGGCUGCGCAACAAGAGAGCCGCCGUCUACGUCGGCAGCUUCUCCUGGUGGACGACCGACCAGCAGCUGAUCCAGACCAUCCGCUCGGUUGGUGUCUACGACGUAGUGGAGCUGAAAUUUGCAGAAAACCGAGCCAAUGGCCAGUCAAAAGGGUACGCAGAGGUGGUGGUCGCCUCUGAGAACUCAGUCCACAAACUCCUGGAGCUCCUGCCCGGCAAAAUCCUCAACGGGGACAAGGUGGAGGUGAGGCUGGCAACCCGGCAGAACCUGUCACAGUUCGAGGCGCAGGCUCGCAAACGUGUGCCGCCGAGGGCUCACUCCCGAGACUCCGUGGACUCGGUGGACGGCCGUGCCACGCCGACGGAGAAUGCCUUGCCGCCUGCCCGCGUGGAGAAACCCCCCUCUGUCCUGCCUUUUUUCAACCGCCCCCCCGCUGCCCUGCCCCUCAUGGGGCUGCCCCCGCCGCCGAUGCCGCCCCCACCGCCCCUCUCCUCCGGCUUCGGCGUCCCCCCACCCCCGCCCGGCAUCCACUACCAGCAUCUCAUGCCCCCCCCACCUCGACUGCCCCCCCACUUGGCCGUGCCACCCCCGGGGGCUGUCCCCCCUGCCCUGCACCUCAACCCCGCCUUCUUCCCCCCACCCAGCGCGGCCCUGGGUCCUCCACCGGACACCUACGGCAAGGCCAUGGCCCCUUACAACCACAGCAGCCGGGAGCUCGGCCCGCCACCUCCCCCUGUGAGUGAAGUGGAGUUUGAGGAGAUCAUGAACAGGAACCGGGCGAUCUCCAGCAGCGCCAUUUCCAAGGCAGUGUCCGGCGCCAGCGCAGGCGAUUACAGCGACGCCAUCGAGACCCUCCUCACGGCCAUCGCCGUCAUCAAGCAGUCCCGCGUCGCCAACGACGAGCGGUGCCGCGUCCUCCUCUCGUCCCUCAAAGACUGUCUGCACGGCAUCGAAGCCAAGUCCUACAGCACGGGUGCCAGCAGCAGCUCCUCCAGGAAAAGACACCGGUCUCGGGAGCGCUCUCCCAGCCGGUCCCGCGAGAGCAGCCGGCGACACCGAGACCUGCUCCACAGCGAGGAUCGGCACGAGGACUAUUUCCAGGAGCGGAACCGGGAGCACGAGCGACAUCGGGACAGGGACAGAGAGAGGGACCGGCACCACUGAGACAGGAGUUUGGCAGUAAGUGGUUUUUAAUGGACUCGUAUCUCCUCACCUCGACCAGGACUACGUGACCGAGGCCGCUCCACCUGCCCCUUCCCCGCCACCCCCAGCUCUCUCCGGGUGCCCGAGGAAAGCCGUGCCGCGCCCCAGCGGGACUCCC